AAUUGCUUGAAUAGAGGUCAAUCAUGUCCAGUGUUUGCUAUAAUUUGUUGACAAAUUAACAAGAAUAAUCUCAGUGUUUUGUUAAUUAUAGACAGAACAGACAGAAAAUCUUGCAACAACAAAUAAAAGAAAAAUUUACAAUAAAAAAACCUAAACUUACUCCAUAAGCAUCUACAACGCUGUUCGAAAUUAAUCUUAAUUCGGCGCAGUAGUGUAUCUGUAUCCACAACUUAGCAGACAUCAGUACAUUGGUUGUCAGUAGUUAACCAACUCAACUCGGCUCGGAGUGGUGGCAGUUUUUCAGUUUUUGAAAAGAAGCUGGUCUGCUCUGCUAUAGGUAUACCAAAUCUAUAUAAAUGGCAUUCUCAAGGCAUAACAUCGAGAAAAAUCGCCUGAUUGAAAUGGUUCGUCAGAAUCCGAUACUCUGGGAUUGCCGGUUGCCGCACUACAAACGUUCGGAUAAGAAAAAAGAUAUCAAAUGGUGUGAACUGGGACGAGCGUUUAAUGUGUCCGGUGAACGUGUCCAGAGGACAUUCACAUCACUCCGAGAGAUAUUCCGACGUGAGCUGAAUCACGAGAAGCUACUUGGAGCUAGAUUCACAUCCAAAUGGGAGUACUAUGGGGCGAUGAGUUUUCUCAAAGAUGUUAUAAGGGAAAGAAAAACUAGAGAACGCUAUCGCCAGGAUGGUUUAUUCAAUGAAUAUUCAUACAGUGUCAAACAUCAAAAUGGAAACUGUCUCCUUCUCCAACCCGAUGUUAUAAUAAAUGAUUCCCCAUUGAAUCGGGAAAUAUCAUCAUCGCGUUCAUCAACGCCAUCUAUAUCAAUAAAAGAAGAGCCCACAGAUCAUGAUGGAGACGAUGAGUGUAAUGAAGAUUUACCAAAACCAACAAAUAAAUGUCGACGUAAGAAUCUUCAAAACAUACAAAAUGCAUCAAAUCAAUCAUCUCCACCAACAGCACCAACACCUUCAACAUCAACUUAUAAUCAUCAUCAACAAAAUCUUUCAAAUAAAAAUAAUAAUUCAACUCAUAAAAAUACAAGUAAUAAUAAUAAUAACAAUAAUAAAGGAUUUAUAAGUAAUGAUGAUGAUGAUGACGAUGAGGAGGAAGAAGAAGAAAAAGCAGAAGCAAAUUCAACCAAAGUUUUAAAACAAACACCUCGCGAAAUACUCUACACAAAGUUUGGAGAGUUUUUAUCAGCUAGACUGAAUACACUAAAUGAGACUGUUGCUAAUGAUUUAAUGAAUAGAAUUUUAUUGUUAAUUGCUGAGAACCGAUAAAAUUGGUUCUUUUUUUUGUAAACAAAAAUAUUAUUAGAGAUAACUUUAUAUUAUUAUUACAUAUAACCCAUAUUUACAUAAACAAAAAGUGCCAUAAACAAGAAUUAUAUUAUAC